AUGGAAGAGCUUAGGGGGGGCCUCGAAGAAAAAGGGCUCAAGCCUCCAGCCUUCAAGGCAGCUCACCAGCUAGCAGCUGCGCUGCAGGAUCUGCAGCACGAGCUUGCAGGGGUGAUUCGUGCAAAUCGAUCUCUUACGGAGUCUCUCUCGAGGGCACGCCAGCGAUUGCGCAUAUCCGAAGAGGGUCGGCUGCAACUCGCGGCAGAUGUUUCGGUUCUCUGCACGCGUCUGCAGUCGACUCUUGCUGCCUUUGAAGAGAAGCACAAGGCGCUUCCUCCGCAGCCGUGCAGCAAUGCAGAAGGGGUUGAGCAGUUGCUGCUGCUCGCCGACUUCCUGAGGCUCAAGCUGCACGUUGGGCUGCAGCAGCACUUGGACAGAGACAAGCCGCCACAAGUAGUGGAAGACGAACUCGUUCCCAAGGGGAACGCUUCACUUGCGCCAGCGGCAGAGCAGCAGGAGCAGCAGCCCCUUCCAGCCGAACGGCAAGAUGAGCCGUACAAUGAAGUCAUGAGAGAAAAUAAGCAGCUGCAGCAGCAGAACGACUUUUUAGCACAACAGGUGGCGAAGCUGCAGCAGCAGCAGCUGCUGCAGCAACAGCAGCUGACGUCAAGUGUAGUCUCCGCUGAACCGUGGCGCUCUGCAGCCUCUGGUACUUCUGCUGCUCCGACGAGGCCCCUUGUGCAGCAGCAGCAGCAGAAGCCUCUAGCCCAUGUGGAUGUGCAAGGGGGCUCCGAAUGGCUUGCUGGAAGCAGCAGCAACAGCAACAACAGCACGUUUCGCGAAACAACUCUGAGAGCGGCGCAAGGGUCGCUUGGCUCGUGGCAGCAGCAGCCGCUGCAGGAGGCCGCUUCUACUGCCCCCGACUCUAGGCGCAGGAGCUUCAACAAAGCCUCUCCUUCUACGCAUGUGUCUGCUGGAGUACUGCCUAUUGGAUCGCCUAUGGCCGCUCUCGACACGAGCAGCCGCAGCUCCUCGUCUUACGAUUCGGAGCUCUCCUCGUAUCGCUCUUCAGAAGGAAGAGGCUCAACUACGGGCGUCCUCCCGCCUCCGCCUGUGCCCAGUCAGCUCAAGCGUCCUGCGUGUGUUCCUUGCAUAUCGACUUCUAAGGCAGGCACAGGCUCCUGGAUGGGGGGCCUCAAGGAGCCUACAGAGUACCCGAUCGGGAACUGA